UUUAGUUUCCUGUUCGGAGAGGGUCACUCACUCACUCACAUGAGUGCAGAGUUUUCACGUAGUGUCAAAUAAAAAAAGCUGAAUUUCUUUUCUACUUUCUAUUCUUUUGUGUUUCAAUCAUGUUACGGUCGCUGUGUCGAGCCGGCGGCGCCAUUUUGCAGCAAAGCCAGAGGACUGCUCCCAGGCUGUGGGUGACACCAGCGCAGCAGCGAUGGGCGUCUAGUUUACCCAUGAACACCGUGGUGCUGUUUGUGCCGCAGCAGGAAGCCUGGGUGGUGGAGAGGAUGGGUCGCUUUCACCGCAUCUUAGAGCCAGGUUUAAACUUCCUCAUCCCUGUGCUUGACCGGAUUCGUUAUGUGCAAAGUCUUAAAGAGAUUGUGAUUGACGUCCCAGAGCAGUCUGCUGUGUCUCUAGAUAAUGUAACGCUACAGAUUGAUGGAGUGCUUUACUUAAGGAUCCUGGACCCAUUUAAGGCCAGUUACGGCGUUGAGGAUCCAGAAUACGCCGUCACUCAGUUGGCUCAGACCACCAUGCGUUCAGAACUGGGCAAACUCACGCUGGACAAAGUGUUCAGGGAAAGGGAGUCUCUCAAUUCCAACAUUGUCCACUCCAUCAACCAAGCAUCGGAUGAUUGGGGAAUUCGCUGCCUCCGUUACGAAAUCAAAGAUAUUCACGUUCCACCUCGUGUCAAAGAGUCCAUGCAGAUGCAGGUAGAGGCCGAGCGUAAAAAGAGAGCCACGGUGCUGGAGUCCGAGGGGACGAGGGAAUCAGCCAUUAAUGUCGCCGAGGGUUGUAAACAAGCUCAGAUCCUGGCGUCUGAGGGUGAAAAAGCAGAGCAGAUCAAUAAAGCAUCUGGUGAAGCCCAGGCCACUAUAGCCAAAGCUGAAGCCAAAGCCAAGGCCAUCCGUAUGCUGUCGGAGGCUCUGACUGAGCAGAAUGGAAAUGCCGCUGCUUCACUGAGUGUGGCUGAGCAGUACGUGUCUGCGUUCUCAAACCUUGCCAAACAGUCCAACACCAUCCUGCUGCCCUCUAACACCGGGGACAUCAGCGGAAUGGUCACACAGGCCAUGACCAUUUACAGCACGCUGGCAAAGACGACACCAAAGGUUGCAGCAGACGCGUCGGAGGAAAAGAGUGAAUACCUCCACAACCAGUCGGAGCCGACUCAGUAGCAGAGGUUUCAAAUAUGAACUCAGAAGAAGUGAAUGAAUGACACAGAUGCAGGAGACGGAGGUUAUAACCAUGUUCUGAAGACUCCAAGGCAUCAGUGAAGUUCAAACAACAACAGAACAAAGAAGAAGAAGAAACACCAACUCACAAUCUGUCACUGUCUUGCCUUGGAGUGAGGACAUUUUCCUCACUGACUUUUGUUCAUGUUUUCAAGUUAUUGUCAUAUUAGGAAAUAAACACCGGGAUGUAACAGCUGUCGGAUUGUGUUUAAAACAUUCAGCCCUGAUUUAAUGUUUUCCUCUCUUUGUUCCACUGUUGUUUUCAGGUUUUGUAGCUUAAUUUUUUAUUUAUGCAGUAAUUUACAGUCAGCUCAGGUUAGAAAAAAACGCAUUUACAGUUAUUAUUGUCAGUUCCUCAGUUGACUUCAGCAACUUCUCUGGGACCAGCAUCUUUGAGUUGGUGGGUGUAAUGUCUGGCUGCAGCCUCAGAGUGGUAGGAAAGUGUAGUUUACUUGUAUUUGAUAAAAACGUGCAACACCCUUACGACAAAAGUUGUUCCAGAAUUAAUUUGUUCUCCAUGCUUGGCAAAUACCCCAGAAAGCCCAGAAACAAAUGUUCCAUUUAUUAAAUUGACAUGUUGUGUGGGAUAUUCAUUAAGCACUUGUUAAAUGUCAUGUUUCGCUGCAAAAGCAGCACGUUUGUCCUUUCAUGGAAUUCCUUUAUGUAAAGUUAAAUCAGCCAAGUCUCUCAUUUGAAACUCAAAGUGAAAGGAUUUUAAGUGACGGCAAAUGAUAUUGUGGAAAUAGGCACUUCUUUAAAAAGUAUACAAUCAUAUUGGAAAGAGAUGGUGUGUGAAUUGAGAGACUAUUGGAUUUAUUUGGGUGUAAGUAACUGAAUAAAAAUUAAAGUUUGUGAAAAA